AUGUCAGAAAAAGGAUACGACGUCGAUUUAACCAGAGCCAAACAAAACACGGGAGUCUGGCUGGUGAAGGUUCCCAAAUAUCUCUCUCAGCAAUGGGCAAAAGCAUCUGGGCGAGGAGAAGUAGGCAAGCUUAAAAUUGGGAAAGCUCAAGGGAAGACUAUGGUGUCUUUCAAUCUGAAUGAGGAGCUGACAGUUGUUGAUUGCUCCGGGGAGAAGAUUUCCUCCGUUCGCUCCCCUAGAGAACAUCCAUUCACCAUGCAGACGGUGGGAGGGCAGACCCUCGCUGUCUUUACAGAGAGUUCAGACAAGAUAGCUCUCGAAGGAAUGGUUGUGCAGCGAGCCGAAUGCAGACCGGCAGUCAGUGAGAGCUACAUGAAAUUAAAAAAGCUGCAGAUCGAAGAAUCCACCAAACCUCUUCGUUUUUCCCAGAGGCUUGACAAAGCCAUCACAACCAAUUAUAAACCUGUGUCCAACCACAGUCAUAAUUUGGAACAUGAGAAGAGAAAGAAAGAGGAAGGCAAGCGUGCACGAGCUGACAAGCAGAAGGUUCUGGAAAUGCUCUUCUCUGCCUUUGAGAAGCACCAGUUCUACAACAUCAGAGACCUGGUGGACAUCACUAAGCAACCAGUGAUUUACCUGAAGGAGAUUCUUCGUGAAAUUGGAGUAUAUAAUUCCAGAGGGCCUCAUAAGAGCACAUGGGAACUAAAGCCUGAGUAUCGGCACUAUGAGGAAGGACAAGAGGAGGAGAAAGAGGCGGAAAAAAUUGAGUAAUCCCAUGUACGAAAACUUGUGGUGUGUUUAGUUUCAUGGAACUGUUGUUUCUU